UUAUUGACAAGUCUAAAGCCGAGGGGUCACUUUGCCACACGAAAGUAGAAGUCGUUGGUAAUUCUCAAAACAAAAUUCAAGCCAUUAGUUUGAACUUGAAUAAUAGAUAAAGAAAACUGGCAUUUUUCCUCUUUCUGUUGGGUACAGGCACGAGUUGACUGUGUCAACAUUGUCGAGUUGUGUACACAAGAGCAGUGAGGGUAUAGUGAUGAUGGUUGGAGCAUCUAUACGCCAAAGACUACAGAUGGGACUAGGGCAGAGAAAGGGUAUUAUAGUCGCUGUGACCGCCAGCUAGAGGUGUACUACGGCAACGCCAUAAAUGACAUGCAUUGGUGCUGACACGAAGUAAAUAGAUCUUGAUUCGUGUGGGUUUGGCGGGUUUACCAGGGAUAAGCUGUUGGGUGGAUUUUAGAGAGAAAAAAAGAUGGCGGGAACAUUUAUUUCGGUGUAUCUUAGAUCUGUUGAUUUUGAUUCAAUCUAAUGAUUGUUAUUUUCAAAAUAAAUUGUUUUGAUUUCAUUAUUUUGAUUUCAUUUCGAGUAUACGCGACGAGUUCUUUUGUUUUAUCGACGCUGCACGCCGUUAUUUCGUAUUGUAUAUUUUCCCCUGUUUGAAAUGACAAUUGUAAUGGAUUUCUGGUAUUGAUGAUAAUCUGUGUUAAACCAUGCCCGGGAAUUUGACUGAAUUACAACGGCAUAUGAUCCAUGCUUUGUUUGAUUCUGGUGUGAGUCCUGACGAUGUUCUGAGCGAGCUUACAAACCAGGGCUUCCUCGCUGAAGACGCCGAGAUACAGGGGACAGCUGAUGAGAAGCACGCCGAGGAUUCCGCGCCCGAUGCCCUGAAUGCUUGCCCUCCCCCCUCGUCAUCCACCUCCUCCUCCUCCUCAUUAACCACCCCUUCCUCGUCAUCUCAAACUAGCAAUGAGGAGAAAUCAGAUGGAACAUUGUUGUCGUCUUCUUUGACGGCAAGUCAAGAGAAUCUAUCCUUACGGCAAACAGAUUUAAAUUCACCGGACCGUGGACGAGGUAUUGAAAUCAUCAAACUGGAAACAUUACCCCGAACAAUAGGCUCGCACGCCUCUCUGUCUUUCCCUGCCGCCGCCGUUACAACCUCACCUGUAAGGGAUGCUCAGACCACAGCUCAGGUCCACUUGAAUUCUCUGGACCGAGUCACUGUUUUCCAACAGGUGGACCAGGAACCACAUAUUGAGGGAGAAGAAACAGAACAGGUGGUGGUCAAAUCAGAGCAGAGAGAAGUUUUAAACGAGAAUUUGCAUGCGGGGGAGAUGCUGCAUUCGGGUGACGAACUAGUGAACGAUACCAUGGGCGAGGGCGACAACGAAAGCAACGGAACGAGUUUGUCUGAUUUCGGGGACGGUGAAGAUAGCAUGGCCGAAUACAGCCCACAAGAUCCUAACCAACCUCGGAUAUACAAACACGAAUUACUACGACAAGAUCCAUGGCAAGUAGCGAAGAUGAUCAAGCUGUAUAUGCAACAACAUAACAUCCCCCAGAGAGAAGUGGUAGAUUCCACAGGUCUCAACCAAUCACAUCUCUCGCAGCAUUUGAAUAAGGGCACGCCCAUGAAGGGCAUUAAACGAGCCGCCCUCUACAAUUGGUUUGAUGUGAAACAACGAGAAGUUACAAAACAAUUCACGAAUCCUGAGACUGGUCACUACUACGUGCAGACUUCGGAUGAAAACCCAGCGAAGAGACAGCGAAGGAAUCGUUUUAAAUGGGGCCCAGCCUCCCAGAGAAUCCUCUAUCAUGCUUAUAACCAAAACAGGAACCCGAGCAAGGAAGAAAGAGAGAAUCUUGUCAUUCAGUGCAAUGCAGCCGAGUGUAUGCAGAGAGGUGUGUCGCCCUCCCAGGUUGGGGGCCUAGGUUCGAAUCUCGUCACAGAGGUACGGGUCUAUAACUGGUUUGCUAAUCGACGAAAAGAAGAAGCCUUCAAGAACAAGCUUGCCUCUGAUGGGAUCAACACAACAACCAGUGUCAGCUUUCAGCAACAAGUGUCAGGCGUAGACACCAUCACAACGAACAGCGUUGGUAUGGGAGAGGUGAUGAUAGGGGAUCUUAUCGGGCAUGCUACGGGGGGCUUGCAGCCUACCAUCACGGUCGCAGCGCCUCAGAAUGGUCUACUUCAUCAAACAAACUCCGUAACGUUAGCACAGCUGCAAGCCUUGCAGGAUAGCGUGGGGAACGGGGUAGCUCCGGCGGCUGGGGCAGGCGGGAUGCACCUGACCAUGUCGACUCAAGCGAUCGGGGGACUCAAGAAUGAGGGCCAUGGAUUGAGCACGAAACUACCAUCGAUGGGGAGUUUACCCCGGUCUGGCUACGGCACUCGGAACCUACUAACCACUACGUCACAGGGCAACACAUCGUAUGGAUAUAUGAGUGAUGCUAACAGCCAACAAAUCAACUAUAACCAAACCAUGGCACAGCAAGGCCUGCAUCAAGAUGCUAGCUCUCGCCUUGGGCAUCGUACUCAUCAACCCUCAUCCACAAUGCAAGCUCUUCAGCAACAUCAGCAACAACAACAGUCAACCUUGCAUCGCAUGAUGAGAAACAAUCAGCAGCAGUUGCAGCAACAACAGCAACAUGUUUCUCAGAUUAACGAUAACCCAUCCUCUAGAGCACUGAGUCAAUUGCAGUCACAACAUCUACAGCAACAGCAGCAACACCAUCAACAACAGCAGCAACAACAACAGCAACAUCAUUCACAACAGCAGCAUCAACUUCAGCAAUAUAACAUCGACCCAGGGUUGCUGCAACAGAUUUCACAAGUCAUUAAUUCUCAGUCACAACUCCAAAACGCCAGCCACCUUCAACUUGCCUCACCAAACCAGCAGCAACAGCAGCAACAGCAACAACAACAACAUACCACAUCCGUGGGCCAACAAAUCUUGCCUGAGUUUACCCUCCCUCUCAACGCCAUCACCGCCAUCUCCUCACAGAACCCGUCGAAGCUAGAGACGAGUGAACUGCAGAUGCUUGUCAUGACACAGUCUGCUAAAGGUCAAGGGUCAGUGACCGGGAGUCACACCACUGCUGUGACGUCAGGAAGUGACAUCGGGUCAACCAACAUCAGCAUCAAACAAGUCACGCCCGCGUCUUGUGCUAAUGACGUUUCGAAUAGAUCUGCAGCAGAUCUCGAGUUGCCGAGUCGCGUACUAGACUUCACUAGCAGUAUAGCAGACAGCACUGUCACAAGCCAGCUUCAUACCAGUCAAAUCAGUCAAAUCAGUCAAAUCAAAGGAAACAGUCGUACCAGGAGAGAUGAACAUACAAUUACUACUAACAAUGCCACGCUCGAAGGCUAUACGGUGGCUACACGCGUAGUGCCUGUUACUGCAAACAUGUGAAAUCAACUCGAUUUUCUCUUCUUUUUUUCCAUUUUAUCUCAAACACAAUGGCAAAUGACACCGAUAUAGUGAUUAUAUACACCAAUAGUGUGAUGUUGCUCUGUAUUUAUGGACUUGAUUAAGGUAAACUUGUCAAAGUGUGGAAUUUCAAAGACAUUUGUACACUUUGAUGUGUAAAAUCAUUGCAUAACAUUAAAUUUGAUGAUUUCAUUAUAAUGAAUGAAAAUUUAGAGUGGUGAACGCGAUAAAACUCGAAGAAGAAUUGUAAAUUCGUGAUCAGUGAUUAGCAAGGAGAGAAAAAGCAGAUGGAGUGAAAAACUUUCAUGACGAUUAUUCGAGAAGAAACACGAGAUAAUGGCGAUAGAAGAAGGACAAUUUUGGAAUGAAAUAAUGAAAACAAUUCUCUAUAACUGAUCUCUACUUUCUGGAUGGAGCAGAUAUUAUCUUUGUGAUGAAAUGACCAUCAUGUAAAUUAAGAUGCCUUGGAAACUGACUUUAUUUAAAUUGGAAAUGGAGAACAACUGCUGGACUAUUGAUGGACAUUGAUGGAUAAUGAAGAGCUGACGAAGAAAGCAAAAUCAAUUCAAAUUCAUGGAGGAACUCAAAAUAUCAAAACCGAGAGGAAAAACAUGUUCGAAAAGUAUGAAACGAAUCACAACAAAUUGUACCGUGAGUGGUGGUUAUAGCGUUAAUGAGAGGCAGGCUAGAGAGAAAGAGAAGGAAUCAUCCGCAAACGUGGUCAGUAUGAGGAACAUAUUUUGAUUGCCAGAUGUGAUUAUUGAAUGACUAUAUAUGACAAAAUCAUAACUUUUGUCCAAAAAGAGAAACCUCGUCGACGUAUUUCAGGAGGAAGAUGCAAGUU